AUGGUUAACUGCAAUAUCACUUCUCCAUGGAUAUUCAGAGAUAACCUAGUAGUGAAUACAUCAAUAACCUACACUUAUUCUGUACAUUUUAAGCGAGACAACUCCACCUUGUGGUCAUCCAGGUGGGAUUACAUCCUAAAAUCUCAUUCUCAUCCCACUAUCCUUUGGUUCAGCUUGAUAAAUUCUACGAUUGUCCUUGUACUACUCUGUGCUUGCGUGGCUUUAAUACUUCUUCGAACUCUCCGCAAUAAAGAAAUCAGAUGUUGUCGAUCACAGUCUUUGGAGAAAACUCAGGCAGAAUCUGGAUGGAAAUUGAUUCAUGGUGACAUAUUUCGACCUCCUGGAAAGACUAUGUUAUUAUCAAUUUUAUCUGGCACUGGAAUACAACUCCUUAUUACUACUACCAUCAUACUGCUGCUCGCUUGCUUUGGAGCGCUAUCUCCAGCUUCACGCGGAGAGCUUGCAACAUGUGCUCUGUUUCUUUACUUGUUUUCAAGUUGUUUUGCUGGUUAUACGGCAGCAAGGAUUUAUAAAGCAAUCGGAGGGCUCCAUUGGAAAACUAUGACACUUAUGACAUUUUUUCUGCUCCCUGUGGUGGUUGUAGCGAUUUUCUUUUUGUUAAAUAUAUUUGUAUGGGCCGGACAAUCUUCGGCAGCUAUACCUUUUGGUACUUUUGUAGCAGUUAUGGCACUGUGGAUUGGAAUUUCAAUGCCAAUGACUUUUAUUGGAGCUUUUUUGGGUUUUAAAAAGAAGCCGAUUCAAAAUCCCGUGGAAACGAAUCGUAUUCCGAGAAAAAUUCCUCCAACGAAAUUUAUUAUGAAACUAUGGCCUGGUGUUCUCAUGGGUGGAUUGUUGCCCUUCUCAAGCUUUUUUAUUCCAUUUUACUUCAUUUUAAGCUCGAUAUGGAUGCAUCAAAUUUUUUACGCCUCUGGAUUUCUCUUUCCAAUGUUUUGUGUAUUUAUUCUAACUACUGCAGAGUCAACAAUAUGCUUGUGUUACGCUCAUUUAUCUGUUGAGGAUUACCAAUGGUGGUGGCGCUCAUUCUUAACUGGCGGCGGUUGCUGUUUUUAUAUACUCGUUUAUUCUAUAUAUUUUGUAUCUAUAAGGUCUGGUCUCGUUGGUGGAACAAGCAUAUUCCUCUUUAUUGGAUAUACUACAAUCAUUAUGUUAUUUGUGUUCAUCUUAGGGGGCUCGAUUGGUUUUUUGACGAGCUACUACUUUGUAAGGAAGAUUUAUUCUGCUGUUGGUGUAGCAUAA